AUGCCGGCUCACCAGACCUACGGCGGCAGCUGGAAGUUCCUCACCUUCAUAGACUUGGUGAUCCAGGCUGUGUUCUUCGCCCUCUGCGUCCUCAUUGACAUCUCCAGCCUCCUGACCAGAGCCGGGGAGAGCAGGGAGCAGGAGAGGCAGCUGAGGAAGCUCAUCUCGCUCCGGGACUGGAUCAUGGCCGUGCUGGCAUUCCCUGUUGGAGUGUUUGUUGUCUUCACGUUCUGGUCUCUGUACCUGUAUGACCGGGAGCUAGUCUACCCCAAACUCCUGGACAACUUCAUCCCACAGUGGCUCAACCACGGCAUGCACACUACAGUUCUGCCGUUCAUCAUUAUCGAGAUGAGGACCACCCACCACAAAUAUCCCAGCAGGCCGUGGGGUCUGGCGGCUGUCUUCACCUUCGGAGUGGGCUACAUUCUCUGGACGUGCUGGGUGCAUAAUGUGACCGGCGUGUGGGUGUACCCGGUCCUGGAGAAGAUUGGCCCCAUGGCUCGAUUGGCCUUCUUCAGCGGCCUCUGCAGUCUCAUCGGGGUUUUCUACGUUUUUGGAGAGAUUCUCAACAGUUAUAUCUGGGACCAGCACACCUCCCGCAGCACAGCUAAAGUUAAAGGCGAGUGA